AUGGGCGGGGCGGCGCGGCGGGGCCGUCUGGCGGCGGGGCUGCUGGCGAACCUGGCCUCGUCCAUCUGCAUCGUCUUCCUGAACAAGUGGCUGUACGUGCGGACGGGCUUCCCCAACCUGAGCCUGACGCUGGUGCACUUCGCCGUCACGUGGCUGGGGCUGUCCGCGUGCCGGGCGCUGGACCUCUUCGCCCCCAAGAGCCUGCGGGCCCGCCAGGUGCUGCCGCUGGCGCUCAGCUUCUGCGGCUUCGUCGUCUUCACCAACCUGUCCCUGCAGAACAACACCAUCGGCACCUACCAGCUGGCCAAGGCCAUGACCACGCCGGUCAUCGUGCUCAUCCAGACCCUGGCCUACGGCAAGGCUUUCCCCGCCCGCAUCAAGCUGACUCUGAUUCCUAUAACUGUAGGUGUUUUCCUAAAUUCUUAUUAUGACGUGAAAUUUAACUUUCUUGGAAUGGUAUUUGCUUCACUUGGAGUUCUUGUUACAUCCCUUUAUCAAGUGUGGGUAGGAGCAAAGCAACACGAGCUACAAGUAAACUCUAUGCAGCUGCUGUAUUAUCAAGCCCCGAUGUCCUGCGGCAUGUUGCUGUGUAUUGUACCCUUCUUUGAGCCGGUGUUUGGAGAAGGUGGAAUUUUUGGACCGUGGACACUCUUUGCUGUGUUUAUGGUGCUGCUGUCUGGAAUUAUAGCCUUUAUGGUGAACUUGUCUAUUUACUGGAUCAUUGGGAAUACUUCACCAGUCACGUACAAUAUGUUUGGACACUUCAAAUUCUGCAUUACUCUCCUGGGAGGGUACCUCCUAUUUAAGGACCCUUUGUCCAUCAAUCAAGGCCUUGGGAUUGUGUGCACAUUGUUGGGAAUUUUAGCUUACACCCACUUCAAACUCAAUGAGCAAGAUGGGAGUAAGAGCAGAUUGGUGCAGCGUCCAUAGAUCCAGGUCCGACGUGGAAACAGUUGUUUGGAACAUGCACUGAUUUAAUAACAAGCAAAAUAGUUGGAUUAGACAAUAGCUGCCUCCUAUUAUUAAUGAGAGAAAUGUAGUUAUGUU